AUGAAAUAAUCUGUCGAAUUUAACAAUUAUCAACUAAUAGAAGAACCAUACUCUUGGUAAGGAACACAGAAAGUAGAAGAAUUAAUUUAGGAUAAUUUACUUGCUCAAUAUCAAAGACUUAAAGUUAGAAUUGCAAUUACAAAAGAGAAUGAUCUAUAUUAUAUCAGAGAUGGAUAAAUUUUAAGAAUGUAAUUUUAGAAAUCAAUAAGCUAUAAUAGUGAUAAAAUGAUGAUUCCCUCCAAGUUACCUAAUAUCUUAUAUAAUUUAGAACAGAUACAAUAUUUAUAAUGGGAAGGAGAGUAUAGUAAAAGUAAUGAAAAAAUUGGAAAAUGGAAAGCUAAAUGGAAAGGAGAAACUUUAAUUGAUGUUGGAGGAUACUACAACUGGGAUGAAAAAAAACAUGGCCUUUGGAAAGAUAUAAUAUAAAAUUAUUCCAAGUUAAUUAUUUUAAUAUAAUUAAGGCUAGUUUAGGUUUAUGAAUGUGGAAUUUAUAACAACGACAAAAAAUAGGGGGAAUGGAAGUACCUCUAUGAAGAAGAAAAGAUGUAAUAAUAACUUUUAAUUAAUUGAAUAGUGGAGGUGGUAUCUACAAUUAGAAGAGUCAAAAAAAUGGUAAAUGGAUAGAUUUGAGUGAUGAUUUUAUGUAAGACACAUAUGUAACUUAUUCUGGUGAAUAUAAAAAUGAUAAUAAAAUUGGCCUAUGGGAGAUUUGGUUAAAGCACAAAAAGCGAGCUUUCACUCCUUACAAUACUCAGUGCAUGUAAAUUUAUUAUGUUUAAUAUCGAAACCUAAAUGUUUAGCGGAGGAGGAUCAUAUGAUGAUAGAGGUGAUGGUAUAAAGAUUGGGAGAUGGAUUGAAUUGAGUGACAGAUUAUAUGAAAGAAUAUUGAUAACCUAUAAUGGUUAGUAUAGAAAUGGGAAAAAGGCUGGCAGGUGGGAUAUUUGGUUAAUUCAGUAAAGUAUAUAUCAAAGCCAUAAGACAAAUUUAUUGAUGUAAACCUAAUUAUAUAAAGAUUUACAUAAUGUGAAAAGUGGAGGAGGAUCAUACAAUGGGGAGAAUGGUGUUAAAAUUGGAAAGUGGAUUGAAAUAAAUGUGGGGUUUUCUGAGCAUGAAUUAAUAACCUCUAGUGGGGAAUAUCGAAACGGUAAAAAAGUUGGGAGAUGGUAAACCGUUAAUAAAGAGAAUUUUUAACAUGGUUUAAUUUUUUAAACUGAAGAAUAAUAUAGUGAUGAUGGGGAUGGGUUUAAGACUGGAGAUUGGAUUGAGUUAGAUGAGAUGUAAAGAAUUAAACAAUAUAACAAUUUAGGGGUGGAGGAUAAUAUGCUGAAAAAGGUUAGGAUUUGAAGAGUGGAAGAUUGAUUGAACGAAGUUAUGAUUUUUCCAAUGAUUUAAAAGUAUUUUACAAAGGUUAAUAUAAUGAUGGUAAAAAAAUUGGGAAAUGGGAAAUUGAAAAUGAAAGGAUGUAGAUGUAAGGAAUUAAAAUAUAAAAACUUUAGAGGUGGAGGAUAUUAUGAUGAAGGAUAAAACGGCUUUAAGGUUGGCAGAUGGAUUGAAUUGUGUGAAGAAAGUAGAAGUAAUUCAUUAAUAACUUUUACUGGUGAAUAUCAAUAUGGAAAAAAAAUUGGAAGAUGGGAUAUUUGGUAUUAAAACUAUGAAAAGAAUAAAUAAAUGUAAAUAAGCAAUAAAUAAUUUUAGUGGGGGUGGAUUAUAUGACGAAAAAGGUCUGAACAUUAAGAUAGGGAAGUGGAUUGAAUUAAGUGAUAGAUUCAGUUAGGGCGAGAAGGUCAUUUAUAGUGGUGAGUAUAAAAAUAAUACGAGAAUUGGGCGAUGGGAUAUUUGGUAUUAGAAAGAUAAAGAAUUUUAAAGAAUGUAAAAUAUUAAAAUGUAGCCAUUUGUAGUGGUGGAGGAUAAUAUGAAGAUGAUGGCAUCAAGAUUGGGAAGUGGAUUGAGUUGAGUAAAGAAUUUCGUAGUGAUUAUUAGCCAUCAGAAUAAAUAACCUAUCAUGGUGAAUAUAAUAAUGGUAAAAAAGUUGGUAUAUGGGUUGAAAUGAAUCAAAAAUAUAAGAAGCUUAAAGAAUUGAAAUAUAAUAAUUGA